GGGCGGGGCCCCGCUGGCUCCUCGGCGUCCGCGGGCGACGGCGACGGCGACGGCAGCGGCGACAUGGAGAGCGGGGCCUACGGCGCGGCCAAGGCGGGCGGCUCCUUCGACCUGCGGCGCUUCCUGGCGCAGCCGCAGGUGGUGGCGCGCGCCGUGAGCCUGGUCUUCGCCCUGAUAGUGUUCUCCUGCAUCUUCGGUGAGGGCUACAGCAACACGCACGAGUCGCACCAGAGGUACUGCGUCUUCAACCGCAACGAAGACGCCUGCCGCUACGGCAGCGCCAUCGGCGUGCUGGCCUUCCUGGCCUGCGCCUUCUUCUUCGUGGUCGACGUCUACUUCCCCCAGAUCAGCAACGCCGUGGACCGCAAGUACCUGGUCAUCGGCGACCUGCUCUUCUCAGCUCUCUGGACCUUCCUGUGGUUCGUGGGUUUCUGCUUCCUUACCAACCAGUGGGCAGCCACCAACCCGAAGGAUGUGCUGCUGGGAGCGGACUCAGCCCGAGCGGCCAUCACCUUCAGCUUCUUUUCCAUCUUCUCCUGGGGCCUGCUGGCCGCCCUGGCCUACCAGCGCUACAAGGCUGGGGUGGACGACUUUAUGCAGAACUACGCGGACCCCACCCCCGACCCCACCACAGCCUACGCCUCCUACCCGGGCCCGCCGGUGGACAGCUACCAGCAGCCUCCUUUCACUCAGAACGCUGAGGCCACCGAGGGUUACCAGCCUCCCGUUGUGUACUGAGCCGCCGCAGGGGAUGGUAACGGGGCAGGGCGGGUGCCUGGAGGGCCACCCUGGGUCCUGGACUCCUCUCGCCCGCAAGGCAUGCCUCCAGGGGCUGCUGGCCCCUCUGGUCCCACUGGGCCUGUGGGAGCCCAGGCAAAGCUGGACAGCCCCUGCCUCCUGUGCCAGAGUGCCCAGGCCCCAGGCAGCACCCACCUCCUCAGGGCAUUUUUAAAGAAGUUUUUAGCUAGACACUCUCACUGCUUCUAAUGGUCCCCAGCCCCGCCCGGUAGCUAGAAGUGCCGCCAUGCUGUUCUGAUAAGUGCCUUCGUUUUCCCAAGCCCACAGGGAGCCGGGCCCCAGCCCAGGCCUGCGUGGCCACAGGGAGUUGGGGUUCUCUGCCAAAGAUGAGGCCGGGGGGCUCCCACUUGCUGGUGCCGGUGUGGGGCUGGCUCUCCCUUCCUCCUCACUCAGGUCUGCCCGCCUCUGCCUCAGUGCCCACCUCAGUGCCCUCUCUGCUCCCAGAGGCUUCUGGGAACUGUCCCUCGCUGGUGCCCUCCCCUGCCUGCCCUGAGGCGGCAGCCCUCUGGCUGCUGCGGGGUCUGCUCGCUUGGCUGGGGUCACUCCCCUGUGCCAGUGCCUCUGCGCCUUCCUCCUGCCAGCCACGGGGCAGGGCUGUGCCCACCCAGGGGCCACUGGGCAGCACUUCCUGCCCCUGCUCCUACCACCCCCCUGCCCCUCCCCACAGCAGGGAGGGGCUUUGCCUGACAACACCCAGCUUUAUGUAAAUAUUCUGCCUUAGGUAGGAGGUGUGGGUGUCCCCACAGCCCCAGGCUGUGCUGAAGGUAUUAGAAAGCUUUUGGGGAAGACAUUCCCCCCUCCCAGAUUGUUAGGCUGGUUCUGAGAUGGAAUAAAUGUUUUUCUCAUUCAUAA